AUGAAUCUCAAACGCAUAUAUCUACGAUAUUAUCCUCCAGGAUUGACGUUCGAGUUGACGGACGCUGCCGGAGACUCCUGGCGGCGAGAUGUGGAACUACGAGAUCUCGGUCCUCACUCGACCGUGGGCGAAGUGGUGUCAAAGGUGAUGACGCAACACGCGUGUGUGGGCGGCCAGCGUGGGCGUCUGGAGAGGCUGGUUGGGCGUUUGGUGGCCGCCAUCCGAGACUCCACCACUGCCGCCCACGCCGCCCACAAGACGCUCCGCUCACACAUCCUGCCGCUGACCAAUGUGGCUCUGAACAAGGACGCCUCGAUCUGCGCCACCGCCAGCUACGACCGCCAGUGCCGCCUGUGGUCGACCGAGAAGGGCGAGAGUGUGGCCACGCUCAAGGGCCACACUGACGUCGUCUUCGAUGUCACCUUUGCGGGGAAGAAUGACGAACUCGUAGCGACCUCCAGCUUCGACGGCAGCCUCAGGGUGUGGACCUCCCCUGAGGGCGCCUGCGAACUGGCCCUGGAGGGACACGAAGGCCCGGUAGCAGUGGUCCGUCCCCUGGCCACAUCGCGCCACCACCUUCUCACCGGGGGCAUGGACACGUCGGCCAGGGUGUGGGACUUGCAUAUGGGUCAGUGGGAGGGUGUUGGAGAGAACACCGUCACGCUCUCAGGCCAUAAAGGAGCUGUGGUUGGCGUUGGGGGAGACAGGUCAGGGGAGCUUCUGUACACAGCCUCCUUUGACGGCACUGUGAAGCUCUGGGACACCCGCUCGUACACAUGCAGCUCGACCCUACAAGGUCACGAGGGCGAGGUCAACGGCGCUGACCUGAGCUGGUGCGGGCGUUACCUGGCCUCUUGGGGAACGGACGCCGCCGCCCUCCUCUGGGACAUCCGCAAAGUCGACCAGCCGCUCCACACCGUCCGCUACGAUGCUGAGGUGAUGGAUGUUGAGGGGGUUUGGGAUUUGGAAUUUGAGGGUUGGAUGUUGGAUGUUGAUGGUGUUGAGUGGAUGUUUGAGGUGUUGAGGUUGAUGUGGAAUGUUGAGGUGUUGAGGGUUGGAUGUGUUGGAUGUUUGAGGGUUAGGUGUUUGGAUGUUGGAUUUGAAGGUUGGCGGAUGUUGGAUGUUGAGGUGUUGAGGGUUGGAUGUUGUUUGAGGGUUGAGGUUGUUGAAGGAUUGGAUGUUGGUGUUGAGGGGUUGGAUGUUUGUUAUGUUGUUAAGGUGUUGAGGGUUUGGGAUUGGAUGUUGGAUGUUGAGGUGUUGAGGGUUGGGUGUUGGAUGAUUGGAGGGUUGGAUGUUGAGGUGUUGAGGUUUGGAUGUUGGAUGUUGAGGGGUGGACAUGUUGAGGGGUUGACUGUGUGGAUAGUGAUUAGAGGUUGGAUGUUGAGGGAUAUGUGGGAUGUGGUCGACGGAGCAUGGGACAGCUGUGGGCGGCGACUGGUCACAGGAAGUGUUGACAGAACAGCUCAGAUUAUUGAUAUAAAAUCCCUUACAACUUCUCUGGCGCUGUGCGGGCAUGGAGGAGAAGUUUCCAAGGUGUCCUUCAACCCAGCUGGAACGCGAGUCAUUACGGCAGGUGAAGAUUGUCGACUCAGAAUCUGGGACGCAGAGAACGGAAACUGCAUUCAGAGUUUAUUGGGCCACGACCGUGAGAUUUUUUCAAUGGCUGUGAGUUACUCUGGUGACGUCAUCGUAACGGGGAGCCGAGACAAUACAUGUGUUCUGUGGAAACGUAUUUCUGGGAACUAAAUAAUGAAAAUAAGAGAAUUGGUACAAGUUA